AUGGCAUCGACAGGAGAGCCUGCGCCAAUUCACUCCGACGUGGAUAUCGAGGUGGCACCACCAGCGACCCCGAUCCCCAUGGACUCGACGGUGCUGUCGGGCAGCGAAGAUAUCGGCAAAUCCAGCCCCGAGGCAUCCAAGGAGAACACCCCCGCUUCCCCGGCCAAGUCCACCACCAGCACUGCGACGACGACUAAGCGCCCAGUCUCGAGCUCUACAACUGCGACCAAACGCCCUACCUCGUCCUCCGCCGCGUCCAAGACCCCAACUUCGACCACUCGGACGAGCACUACUUCGAGCACGUUGAACAAGCCCCCAACCCGGCCCACGACUGGCACCACUGCUACCCGCAGACCGCUGAGCACUUCUACUACUGCUUCUCAUCGGUCUCGUCCGUCGAUCAGCAGCUCUGCAGACGAGAAGCCUCGGUCCAUUACCACCUCCGGAGAUGAGAAGCGUGGUGUCUCGGGAACUGCCAAGCGCAUGUCUAUGGCCGGCACCUCCUCCACUCGGGCUCCAUUGAAGUCAUCCUCUACUCUCGACCGCCGAUCCAGCGUCGCCGGCUCCGCAUUGGAGAGAAAGCCCGUUCCUUCCACCACUUCUCGCACCGCCACUUCUACUUCCGCAAGCAAGCCCGUUGGUAAGCUGACUUCCUCGACCACAUCUUCGACUCGGUCGAUCCCUUCCACCACCCCAAGCCGGACCGCGACUCGCCCGACUUCUUCGACUACUGCCACACGGAGUGUGGCCUCAUCAGCCACUGAUCCGAAAAAGCGUUUGAGCACCGUAGGUGGCACCGUUGCCCGAAGCUCUGAGAGCGCUGAGAAGCUGCAGGCUCUGCAGACGAAGCUGUCAGAGAGUGAGGAGAACGUUGCCAGUCUCAAGGCCGAGCUCGAAACCGUCAAUGAGAAGUUGAGCCAGCUUUCCAUCGCGGGAGAAGAGACCACUAAAAAUAGCGAUGCUACUGAAGCUAUUCGCGCAGAGCACGCUGCAGAGCUUGAGAAGCUGACUUCGGGUCAUGCUGAGGCGCUUCAAUCUCUACAGACACGCCUGGAGGAGGCUGAGGCUCAGCGCGCGGUUACUGAAGAGAAGUUCCAAAAAGACCUUGAGGAGGCUAAGCAAUCCCCUGGCGCCGAUGGUGCUGAGGAACUUGAUACGCUAUCCAAGCUGAAUGAGAGCCUCAAGGCUCAGCUGGAGGAGCUUGAGAAGAACCUCGAAGACGACGUCGCAGAGCACAAGGCUGCCUCUGCCGCGUUUGAGGAGCAGAUCACCACGCUCAAGGCCGACCUUGAAUCCCAGAAGGCCUCUUUAGAAGAGGAAAAGGCCAUGGCUAUUGACAGUCUUCAGAGAGAGCUGCAAGGGCGCGACCAAGUGAUGAAUGAGCUCAAGGCUGCGCUUCAGAAGCUGUCCGAUACCAAGGAGGAAGAGAUCAACGCCGAGAAGGAGGCUGCGAAGGAGCUGCAGAGCCAGAUUACCUCGCUCGAGGCCAAGCUUGCUGAGGCUGAAUCCGCCACUCAACAGAGCUCGGAAGAGACCACUGCUUCUCUCGCGGAGAAGGAGAAGGAAAUCACUGAGCUCAAGCAGGCUAUCGAGACGCUCCAGGGAGAACUCGAGUCCUCGCGUGAGGGUGCUACCACCGAGCAUGCUGUCCAGGUGAAGGACCUAGAAUCCACGCAUGAAGCCGCGAUCGCUGCUUUGAAGGCUGAGCAUGAAACCGCUUUGAGCUCCCAGUUGGCCUCCCAUGCCGAAGAGCUCACUGUUGCCAAGGCUGCUGCCGAAUCAACUGGCUCCAAGCACUCUCAACAGCUUCAGGAGCUUCGCGAUUCGCUCGAGGCUGCUAAGUCGGCCGCUCAGGAAGAACAGGCCCGUGCAGUCUCUGAAUUAAAGACAGCCCAUGAUACUGAGCUGAAGGCACUUCAGGAGAAGCUUGAAGCUUCUGAGAAGGCCCUCGAGGAAACCCGCCAUGCCUUGGAGGAGGGCAAGGCCGCUGCUCAGGAGGAUGCCGUCCAUGAGAUUGACGAUCUCCACCACAAGGUUGAAACCCUGGAGACCCAGCUGGCGACCACCACCAGUGAGAUCAAGGCCCUGCAGCAGGAUAUGCAAAGCAAGCAGGCCGAGGCUGAGGAGCUGUACCACAACCUGAAGAACCUCGAGAGCGAGGCCAAGUCCAAGGAAGUUAAGCAGGAAACGCUGCUGAAGGAGCAGGAGACUAAGCUGAAGGACUUGGAGGAAAAGGCUGCGGAGGCUACCCGCCUCCUGGAGGAGCACAAGUCAUUGACUGCUGCCACUUCUGACAGGCAUUCAGAGAAUAUUGAGACCUUGAAGGCCGAACACGCUGCCGAGCUUGAACGCAUUCAACUGGAAGCUUCAGGAUCUCACAGCAGCGCAUUGAGCGAAAUCCAGCAGAAGCAUGAUGAGUUGUUUGCCAAGAACCGCGAUCUUGAGUCAAGCCACGCUUCCCAGGUUGAGUCUCUGCAGGCUGAGCUGAAGUCCACCCUGGAACGCCACUCUGCAGAGAUCGCUUCUCACACUGAAUCUCGGGAGCUGCAACUCUCUGAGCUGCAGAACCAGUCAGAACAGACCAAGGCUAAGCUCCAGGCUGAACUCAAGGCUUUGCAAGCCUCCAGCUUGGCUGACAAGGAAACUCACGCCAAGGAACUCGCUGAGCUCCAGAAGGGUUUCGAGGAGACCAAGUCUAAGUUCCAAGCUGAGCUUGAGGCUUCCCAGGCUUCCAAGGCCGCCGAUGCCGAUGCCGAGCAUGGAAAGGCCAUUGAGGAACUCCUGACUCUUCAGGAGGCAAAGAUCUCCGGUCUCAGGGAGCAGCUUGAAUCAUCAAACAAGGCCAAGCUCAAGGAACUUCAGAAGUCCCACGAUCUUGUCCUUGCUAACGUCAACGAGCAACUCGCCAUGGCCAAUGCUGCCGCCCAGGAUACCUCGGCUCUUGACAGCUUGAAGGUUACCAUCGCCGAGCUUGAGCACAAGCUGGCUAAUGCCGUGGAGGCCCACGCCGCAGUUCAGGAAUCAGCUGCCAGCACUUCCCGGGAGCUACAGGAGAAGCACACCUCGGAGCUUUCUCGCAUCCAAGCUGAGCACGCAGCUCUCUCUGACAAGCACCAGGCCGCCGUCGCCCAGGUGGAGGAGCUUCAAAGGUCGGCCACUGCCGCGGCCAGUGGUAGCCAGUCUCAGUUGGAGUCUAUUCAGAAGGAACUCGCUCUGGCCCAGCAGGAGAUUGCUUCUCUGAAGGAAAAGCACACUGCCACCUGCCAGGAGCUGGAGGAGACUCGGGUUUAUAAUAAGACCAUGGAAGAAAAGCUCGCCGCUGGUGAACAAGACUUCCACGACCAGAUCGACAAGAACAUGCAACUUCUUAACCAACUCGGUGAGGUUGACAACAACAUUUCUGCCAGCCGCAAGCGCGUACGCGAGCUCGAGGCUGAGCUGGCCGCUCUGAAGUCCGACAACGACAAGAGCGUCACUUCCGGUCUGGAGGCAAGCCAAUGGGCAUCGGCAGAUGAGGGCAGUGAUGGAGCUGUAGGGAAAGGUCCAGCCGCAGCGGAAGGUGAGGACCUUGGUUCAUCCAUUGAGGGAACGAUGGCAAGCAUUCAGGAACAGCUUAAGCACAUCCGCUCCGCGAACGAUGAGUGGUACGAUGAGCACCGCAGGCUUAUCGGUGAACUGGCCCAAUUCUCUCGCCGCGCUACGCCCAAUCCUCCCAGCACAUCAUCGACCCCUCACCCCGAAACCUCAGCAUCAGCCCACGAGUCAGAAAAUAGCCGCGGUAGACUUGAAGAAGUCCCCGCGGCUCGGUAG